GCUGUCAAAACAAUGCGGCGCGUGGGUAAACAAAACACGGAUCGGUUGUUUCACAUUUUAAAGUAGCCGCAUUUGCGAUUGAAAAUCAGUCAAAAUGAACUACAUGCCCAUCGUACGAUUAGCGUCCGACCGUGUAAACAUUCCACUGUUUGCCGAUGAUGGCCCGAACCAGCGUUUGUUUACACCCGGCGAAGUCGUGACGACACAGCAAGGUUUCAUGCGUGGUCAUGGAACGUACAUGGAGGACGACGCAAUAAAAUCAUCCGUCGCUGGUGUGAUGGUCCAGGUCAACAAGCUGAUCACGGUGAAAGCGCUGAAAGGACGCUACGUGGGCGAAAUCGGAGACGUUAUAGUGGCCCGCGUUACCGAGGUACAGGAGAAACGCUGGAAGGUCGAUACAAACUCUCGGCUCGAUUCAGUCCUGCUGCUAUCGUCCGUCAAUCUGCCGGGAGGUGAAUUGCGCCGACGCGGCGUGGAAGACGAGAAGCAAAUGCGCAAAUAUCUCCAAGAGGGUGAUUUGAUUUCGGCCGAGGUACAGAAUGUCCAUUCGGAUGGGGUGCUGUCGUUGCAUACGCGCAGCUUGAAGUACGGCAAACUAUCCCAGGGCAUUCUGGUGAAGGUGUUCCCCUCGCUAAUUCAGCGGCGGAAAACACAUUUCCACAAUCUGCCCUGCGGUGCGUCGAUAAUUCUGGGCAACAACGGGUUCAUCUGGAUAUCGCCUAUAAUGAACAGUGAAGGCGAAGGCAGUGGAGGUGGUUUCACACAAAAUCUUGACGAUGUGGUGACGAAGGAGGAUCGCAAAACGAUUGCACGGUUAAGGAAUUGCAUCCUCGCAUUGGCCCACUGCAAGAUCAUGCUUUACGACACGAGCAUACUGUACGCGUAUGAAGAGUCCCUCAAGUACGAAACGCCCGAGCUGCUCAACCCGGAGUGCAUGGCCGACGUUGCGUUUCUAACGCAGCAUCGUUUGCGUUCGCUAGAGGUGUAAGUGUGGGUUGAUUCAAUAAACAUCGGGAACUAGAUUGAAGCAAAGAUUGUACAAA